UUUUGUCAUCAUUGACAGGAUAUAAAGUUUCCAUCAAAGCUGUAUUUCUAUUCGUUCGUUUGAAAAUCAAAAAGGAUGAAGCUGUAUUUAUUGUUGUCCAUUCUUCUGUUUUCCGGCAUCGCCGUUUAUGCACAAGAAGGAGGAGAAGAAGAGGAAGCGGUAGUGGAUGAAGGUGGCGAAGAGGGAGCGGUUGAAGGUGGCGAAGAGGUCGUUGAAGAAGAACAACCAACUCAGCAGCCCGCCCCAGCAUCUAGUAUUGCUUGCGUAGUGGGUGCAACAGUGGACGGCAUUGGCAACGAGACACGUGAGGAAUGUCCUGCCAGUGACGAUGUUUGUCAGACCAAGAUUGAAUUGAGGGACGGUCUAAAAUUUGUUUACAAAGAGUGCAAAACAGCUCUAUCUUGUAGAAACAACAGAAAACAAAAUAAAAAGGAAUGCUUAUCAGAAGAAGCUAGGAAUAAGAGGGUUCUGAUCUGCGUCAAAUGCUGUAAAUCAGACGAAUGCAACUCAAACGAGGACUUACCAGCUGGAGCAUUUCUCCCUGUACUGGACGACGAAGAAGAAACAUAAUUUGCAUUUUUGUUGUACUCCAAAUAAAGUCACUAGAAAUCAUGAUUGUGUCAAAUGCAUCGUAUUUAUGAAAUACUUUUAAGAUUUGUCAAUAUAAUUUGGAAGAGGCAAAAUUUGUGUUAUCGGAAUAUAUUUG